CGUACAAUUAGUAACGGUCUCAUACAGAUGCUUUUUGAAAACACAAUAUUUCCUCUGUAUAAAGAGAGAAUGCAGGUUUCAGCUAAAAUGAUCCACAGUCUAAAACAUCACUUUCACAAAAGCACAUCUAAUGCAGAGGGCUUGUCCCUGCAAGCUCUUCUGAAACUCCCAAAGCCAAGUAGCAAGAUACAGGUGACUCUUACCUUCUUGCUUUAUAACAUUAACCCCAUGCUUACCUGUCAGGGUAUUCACUUACCAGUAAAAUAUCACUUCUAACCACCUGCAUGGACAAUUUGUUGCUAGGGGCUCUGGAAACCAGUAACACACUAAUGACACUUAUUUCUGUGAGUAUCCUUGUGCUCAGCAACAAGAGCAUACCCCACACAGCUUCAAAACUCAGUGUAUUAUGGCAAAAUGCUUCCAGAUGCUCUGAACAUAUCGAAUCGUGGCACUUUCAGGGCAACCUUAGCUCAGUAAUCUCCCUGAAAAUUUCCAGCUGUUGUUGCAGGGGGACCCAUACAAGGGGCAGGUUAGAGGAUGCAUUUUCCUGUUUGCCACCCCGCUCAGCCAGGCCGCCGGUGUCCCUGCCGUGCCCCCGCACACACAGGGGCCCUCCUGGGCACUGUCACACACAGCGCCGAGCCCCGGUGCGGCAGCGCCGGGCAGGAGCUGCCCGCGGGGCGCGCCCGAGCCCGGGCGUUACCUCCGCUACGCCCGCGGCCUGCACCGGGCACCGCGGCAGGCACAGCAAUCACCCCCAGUCACCGCUCAGCCACCCCCACGAACCAGCGCCCCGGGCGGACAGCGGGUCCCCGGCGUGUGUCCCCCGGAGUGCGUGUGGCAACAAGGAUGUUCACACUGAGGGAGAGGACAAAAAAAUUCUAAACAAACGGAAAAGCCAAAGCAAAAUAAAGCCAGCACAGAGCCCAAGUCUCCUGAGGUCACAAAACAAUUCCACGUGCAAUAUGAGUCGUCGCAAACAGUCAGUGAAAUUACCAGUCCUGUGCACAGCUGCUUCUGUGUCAGAUGAACCUUCAGGCUUGAAUGAGCUUGUCCUUCAGAAAACCCGCUAUCCUCCUUUGAUGCAGGAGUCAUCGUGGACUUUGGCAGCUCCAUUCAAAGAACAGCAUCACUACAGAAACCCUAGUGACUCCAUAGCUAAUAACUACACUCCUACUGCACAGGAUUUAAAAUUGAAAAAUAUUAAAAAAAUGAAGUCCUUUUCAAUGAUAGAGAUAUCACAGCCUUCACUGUGUAUCCAUUUCAAAAGUACUUUGUUAAAGACUGUGAGUCGCAUUUCACUGAGUGUACCUGCUCAUACACCAGAAGUGCAUGUCAUAAAUUAUACAACCAACCAGCCACUGACCCCAGAAGAACAAUUUGCUCUCAUGGAUUUACAUGAGAAGGAGAUAAGUAAGAGAGAAAAGCUACCUUCAAAUGAUGAUUUAGAGCGGUACUGUCACUACAUAUACAAUGGAGUGCGAGAAGACAUGCUGGCACCUCAGGAUAAGGAAGUGGUGAAUAAAAUUUUAAAACAUAUUCCAGCUCACAUUCUCCCUAGCCCAGAGCUGGAGAAACCCCUGGCAUGUUUAAAAGAAGAGAUUAGGAAAGACUAUCGUAUCAGCCUCAUGAAAGCCAUUGUUGAUUAUAUCUUGUUGGAUCCAGCUGAGAGGAAGAGACUGUCUAUUCAAAGCACUCCACGCCCUUUUCCCCGGAGAGUUGUCUGUGCACCAGUCCCAUGGCACAGCUCUUACAAAGAAAUGAAAAGUUGGAAUGAAAGCAAUCUGUUUAUCGUGAAUGCAAUGAUGCCCACUUUGCAAGAGCUCUGGCUUUCUCAGUACAGCCGCCUGCGGUUUGUUCGCACUGCAGAGGUGCUCUGUGGGCGCCUGCCGCUGCUGCCCCAGGAGUUCAAGGGCAUCGUUCAAAGGCACUGCGAGGAAGCUCGGGAUAUCCUUCAGCACAAGUGGAUACCAACCUGUGCAUCUAUUUUUAUUGAUCAGAGACAUAUGUGGCUUCAUUUUGCUCCUGAAAGGGACUCUGAUUCCUCUGCAAAAGUUGAAAGCUAUUUUAGCUCUGUGGCAGCUCUGAUGUCGUUACAAUUGCGUGAGAUGGUUAUUAACUCCUUAGAAGAUCUUCUUGCAUUUUUUAUGAUCCACAAGGGUGGAAAUGACUUUAAAGAACCAUAUCAAGGGAUGCAGUUCUUCCUGUCUCAGAUACUCAUAGUCAAACUCCGUGUGCAAGAGCCUGAUAUAGUCUUUGAGCCACCUCUGGAGGAAUGUUGGGCUUUAAUCAGUCAUUGCUUCCAGAAGAUCCUGCAGAGUGCUGAGGAGCUCCCAAAGGUAGAGAAACUUCUGUUUCCAGAAUUACGAAGACGUGAUCUCACUCUUAAUACAGUCAAACCACAUGAGUCAUUGUUUUUAGAGUAUAUCAACAAACUUGAAAAGAUCUUUGAAAGCAACAUAGUUGGUCCAAAGAAGUAUUUAAAUGUGUACAGGAAGUACAGCAAUCUUUUGAACAACAAAUCACGGCAAGAUGUCUCAAAAUUUUUGGAAAAAGUUCCUUCUUUAGAUGCUUUAACUGAGAAGAUUGACAGCUUCACAAAACUGAAAGGCGAGAUUGCUUCUAUGGAUAUCACUGUUCCUCUGGCCAUGUUCUGUCUGGAUGCUCUGCAACUGAAUGAGGAACUCUGCAAUCGGACCCAGAAUCUCAAAGACACAUUGAUUGAAUUUGAAGUGAUGGAAAACAGACAGUUAAAUCAAAGAAUUUGUGAGGACUUUAACUUUAUUGCAAAGAGAAUGAGUGAGGUGCCUCAGAGCACUGAACAGUUAGUGGAAUAUGAAGGAUUCUUAAAGAAAUCCAGUGAAGUUACUGUUGUUAAAUUGAAAAAGGAUCUCGAAAAAGCAGUGCAGAGGCUGCAAAUCCUCAUGGACUAUGCUGAUCUCUCUGAUGAGGACAUAAACCUGAACAGCACUGUCUUCCAUUGGCCUGAGGAGAUAAAGAAAAUAUUUGAAAGCAGUAAAAAAAUGUUGACUGACAGGAGGAUUCAGGUGGAGAAGGCAUUGUUUGAGAGGUGUUCUCAGUUUAAGGAAACUCUUGAAGGUUAUAAUAAAGAACUAGAAAGCUACAAAAAGCGGGGAGAUAUCGUGACUGCAGAAGAACUGAGGAAGAAUACUGAGCAUUUUGAAAAGUUAAAUAAGAAUAUAGCUGAUGCUCUAGCAGAAUUUGAGAGUAUUAAUUAUGAAGAAGAUUUGCUUGGGCAGGAGAAGAGUCAAUUUCCUCUCUUGCAAUCUAUAAUUACAACCAAAGAACCUUUUGAGCAGCUUUGGGUAACGGCAUAUGCUUUCCAUACCAAAUCUGAGGAAUGGAUGAAUGGACCUCUUCUGCAAUUGAAUGCUGAUGAAGUUAGUGAAGAGGUUGGAAAUAUGUGGAGGACCAUGUACAAGCUCUGUAAGAGCUUCCCAGAUGUGCCUGUGCCCAGGCGCAUGGCAGAAUCCAUGAAAUUCAAGCUUGAUAAAUUUAAACAGCAUCUUCCUGUCCUGUCCGUUGCCUGCAAUCGUGGAAUGAAGGAGAGACACUGGGAGCAGAUUAGUAAAAUUGUAGGAUGUGAGAUCAAACCGGAUAAAAACACUAACCUUAAAUACAUAUUGGACUGUGGACUCUCAAAAUUUAUUGAAGAAAUAGAACCUGUUGGAGCAGCUGCAAGUAAGGAGUAUUCCUUGGAGAAAUCAAUAGAGAAAAUGAAAUCAGAGUGGGUCGACGUGCGCUUUGGUUUGGCCAAGUACAGGGAUACUGACACCAACAUCCUGUCGGCAGUGGAUGACAUCCAGCUUUUGUUGGAUGAUCACAUUGUUAAGACUCAGACAGUGUGUGGCUCUCCCUUCAUCAAACCAAUAGAAGCUGAAUGUCUGGCUUGGAAAGAUAAGCUGUGUUUAAUGCAAGAUAUUUUAGAUAGCUGGUUAAAAUGUCAGGCAACAUGGUUGUAUUUGGAACCAAUUUUUAGUUCAGAAGACAUUAUAGCUCAAAUGCCUGAAGAGGGCAGAAAGUUUAAGAUUGUGGAUUCAUACUGGAAAAACAUUAUGACAGAAGUGGUGAAAGACACAAAGGUACUUGUAGCAACUGAACAACCCAAGAUGUUAGACAGACUUCAGGAAGCAAAUGCUCUCUUAGAGGACAUUCAAAAGGGGCUGAAUACUUACUUGGAGUCGAAAAGAUUAUUUUUCCCAAGAUUCUUUUUUCUGUCCAACGAUGAGCUGCUUGAAAUACUGUCUGAAACAAAGGAUCCACUUCGAGUACAACCACAUUUAAAGAAGUGUUUUGAAGGAAUUGCUAAACUGGAGUUCACAGAAGACCUGGAGAUCAUAGGCAUGAUCAGUUCAGAGAAAGAAAUAGUUCCUUUCAUCGAUAAAAUCUAUCCAGUGAGAGCAAAUGGCAUGGUAGAAAAAUGGCUUCUGCAAGUAGAAGAAAUGAUGUUGGCCAGUGUAAGACAAGUUCUUCAAGAUGGCAUAAAAGAAUAUAGCCAGGUUCCUCGGAAGGAGUGGGUACUUCAGUGGCCUGGACAGGCAGUAAUUUGUAUUUCAUCUAUUUACUGGACAGAAGAAGUGUCUGAGGCUAUAAGGAAAAAAGCUUUACAAGAUUUCUUGGAGAAGAGCAAUAUGCAGAUCAAGGACAUAGUUGAGCUGGUGAGAGGAAAGCUGUCCAGUGGAGCCCGGCUGACCCUUGGAGCUCUCAUUGUCAUCGACGUGCACGCUCGUGAUGUGGUCUCAAAAUUGGUUGAAGACAAAGUCACAGACCUGAAUGACUUCCAGUGGAUUUCUCAGCUGAGAUACUACUGGGCAGAGAAUGAUGUGAUAGUGAGAAUGAUCACAACAGAAAUGAAAUAUGGUUAUGAGUACCUGGGCAAUUCACAACGUCUGGUUAUAACCCCUCUGACAGAUCGAUGUUAUAGGACAUUAAUGGGUGCCUUGAAAUUAAGCCUUGGUGGUGCUCCAGAAGGGCCUGCUGGAACUGGCAAAACAGAAACAACAAAAGACCUAGCAAAAGCAAUAGCUAAGCAGUGUGUUGUCUUUAACUGCUCCGAUGGCCUCGAUUACAAGGCAAUGGGCAAGUUCUUUAAGGGGCUGGCACAAGCUGGGGCAUGGUCCUGCUUUGAUGAGUUCAAUAGAAUUGAGGUUGAAGUAUUAUCUGUAGUUGCCCAGCAAAUACUUAGCAUCCAGCAAGCUAUAAUUCGCCAACUCAAAAAAUUCAUCUUUGAAGGGACAGAGAUCUCUCUUAAUCCCACAUGUGCUGUGUUUAUUACCAUGAAUCCUGGCUAUGCUGGACGGGCAGAGUUGCCUGAUAAUCUGAAGGCACUGUUCCGAACAGUUGCCAUGAUGGUCCCAGAUUAUGCCUUGAUUGGGGAAAUUUCACUUUAUUCAAUGGGGUUUCUGGAUUCUAAGAGUCUUGCCCAGAAGAUUGUUGCCACUUACCGUUUGUGCUCAGAGCAGUUGUCAUCUCAGCACCACUAUGAUUAUGGGAUGCGUGCAGUGAAAUCUGUCCUGACAGCAGCAGGGAACCUGAAACUGAAGUACCCAGCUGAAAAUGAAAGUGUCUUGUUGCUUCGGGCUUUGCUGGAUGUUAAUUUGGCCAAGUUCUUGUCCCAGGAUGUGCCAUUGUUUCAGGGUAUCAUAUCUGACCUGUUUCCUGGAGUGGUUCUUCCUACACCAGACUAUGACCUAUUUAUCAAGGCACUCACUGAAAAUAUUGAAAAAUUGAAUCUUCAGCCUGUGCCAUGGUUCAUUGGAAAAAUUAUUCAGGUGUAUGAAAUGAUGCUGGUGCGCCAUGGUUUCAUGAUUGUUGGAGAUCCUAUGAGUGGGAAGACCAGUUCAUACAAAGUGCUGGCUGGAGCCCUGGCUGAUUUGUGUGCAGCAAACACCAUGGAUGAGUUUGCUGUUGAGUACAAAGUUAUUAAUCCCAAAGCCAUUACCAUGGGGCAGUUGUAUGGCAGUUUUGAUCCUGUAAGCCACGAGUGGUCAGAUGGAGUUCUUGCAAAGGCCUUCAGGGAACAAGCAUCUUCUACCACAGAUGAUCGCAAGUGGAUUAUUUUUGAUGGCCCUGUGGAUGCAGUUUGGAUAGAGAACAUGAACACUGUGCUGGAUGAUAACAAAAAGUUAUGCUUGAUGAGCGGUGAAAUAAUUCAGAUGAGCUCAAAAAUGAGUUUAAUCUUUGAGCCAGCAGACUUGGAGCAGGCAUCUCCAGCAACUGUCAGCAGAUGUGGUAUGAUCUAUAUGGACCCACAACAGUUGGGUUGGAAGCCACUGAAGGAUUCCUACAUGAAAACUCUGCCUCCAAACCUGAAGGAAGAACACAGAGAGCUGGUCAAUGACUUGUUUAUGUGGCUAGUUGAGCCUUGUUUAGAUUUUAUUGACCAUCAUUGCAAAUUCAUGGUAAAAACGUCCCCUCUUCACCUGAGUAACAGCUUGAUGAAACUCUAUUCUUCCCUCCUUGAUGAAAUUAAGGAAUGUGAUGAAGAGGACAGUGAAACCAUGUCUGCUCAGCAGAUCACCUCAUGGCUGCAGGCCCUUUUCCUUUUUGCUUUGGUGUGGACAAUUGGAGGGAUCAUCGACGCAGACAGCAGAAGAAAAUUUGAUUCGUUUUACCGCAACUUGCUCAACGGAAUGAAUGAGCAAAACCCACGCCCUAAAAAUGUGAAGCUUAACAAAAGCAAUAUCUUCCCAGAAAAAGGGAGUGUUUUUGACUUCUAUUUUAACAAGCGUGGCCAUGGGCAGUGGAACAUGUGGACAGACUACAUCACAAAGGAAGAGCAAGUUAUUGCCCCAGCGGCUAAGGUAUCUGAUCUGAUCAUUCCAACAAUGGAAACUGCCAGACAAAUGUUUUUUCUUAAAACAUAUGUGGAGCAUAAUGUUCCUUUGCUUUUUGUGGGUCCCACUGGUACUGGAAAAACAGCUAUAACAAACAACUUUCUACUGAAACUUCCAAAGGAAAAAUACAUCCCGAGUUUCAUCAACUUCUCUGCAAGAACAUCUGCUAACCAGACCCAGGAUAUUAUUAUGUCCAAGCUGGACAGAAGAAGAAAAGGAUUAUUUGGACCUCCAGCAGGGAAAGAAGCUAUAAUUUUUGUGGAUGACCUAAACAUGCCUGAAAAGGAAAUUUAUGGAGCCCAGCCAGCUAUUGAGCUUCUCAGGCAAUGGAUUGAUCACGGGCACUGGUACGACAGGAAGGAUGCAUCCCACAUCAGUAUCAUAGAUGUCCUGCUUGUCACAGCUAUGGGUCCCCCUGGGGGAGGCAGGAAUGACAUUACAGGACGCUUCACACGGCACUUGAAUAUUGUCUCUAUCUGUGCUUUCAAUGAUGACAUUUUAACCAAGAUUUUUACUGCAGUUACUGACUGGCACUUCAGUAAAGGCUUUGAUUCUUCAUUUCUGAGGCUGGGUAAGAUGAUGGUCCAAGCGACAUCGGUGCUGUAUAAAUUGGCAGUUGAUAAUUUUCUCCCAACUCCUUCAAAAUCCCACUAUGUCUUUAAUCUGAGGGAUUUUUCCAGGGUUAUUAAAGGAGUUCUGCUCUGUCCACACACUCAUUUGCAAGAUGGAGAUAAACUGAUCAGACUUUGGGUUCAUGAGGUUUACAGAGUUUUCUAUGAUCGCUUGGUUGAUGACGAGGACAAGAAUGUUUUCUUUCAGAUGGUACAAGAGACAACAUUAAAUAGCUUCAAGCAGAACUUUAAUAAGGUACUGAGUCAUCUCUCACCUACUGGAAAAGUCACUGAUGAUAAUAUUCGUGCCCUGUUCUUUGGAGACUAUUUAAAGCCGAGUAGUUCUGUCAAAAUUUAUGAUGAAAUCACAGACCUAAAGCAGCUGACAAGCGUGAUGGAAUACUAUCUUGAGGAAUACAACAAUAUCAGCAAGGCCCCCAUGUCCCUGGUCAUGUUCCAGUUUGCCAUUGAGCACAUCUCCAGGAUAUGCAGGGUACUGAAACAGGAUAAUGGACACCUGUUGUUGGUGGGCGUUGGCGGGAGCGGCCGGCAAAGCGCGACCAAGCUCGCCACCUUCAUGAAUUCCUUUGAGCUCUUCCAGAUCGAAAUCACCAAGUCCUAUGGCAUCAGUGAAUGGAAAGAUGAUAUUAAACAAGUCAUGCUGAAAACAGGUGUUGGUAACAACAACUUGUCCUUUUUGUUCUGCGAUAAUCAAAUAAAGGAUGAAUCAUUUGUAGAAGAUAUCAACAUGCUCUUAAAUACUGGGGAUGUGCCUAAUAUCUUCGCAGCGGAUGAGAAAGCUGAAAUUGUUGAGAAAAUGCAAAGUGCAGCAAGGAUGGAGAACAGGAAAAUUGAAGCCACGCCUCUUGCUAUGUACAAUUUCUUUAUUGAAAGGGUGAAGAAAAAUUUGCAUAUUGUCUUAGCCAUGAGUCCUAUUGGAGAUGCAUUUCGGAAUCGACUACGGAUGUUCCCUUCACUGAUAAACUGCUGCACCAUUGAUUGGUUCCAAACCUGGCCUACAGAUGCUUUGGAAAUGGUUGCUAACAAGUUCUUAGAAGAUAUUGAGCUCAAAGAUGACAUUAGAAAAGAGGUUGUGUCAGUGUGCAAAUAUUUCCAAGAAAGUGUGAGAGAGCUCUCUGUCGGGUACUACGCUACGCUGCGCAGACACAACUACGUGACACCAACUUCCUACGUGGAGCUGAUUCUCACCUUCAAGACCCUGCUGAACAGAAAAAGGGAAGAAGUUGACAUGAUGAGGACUCGUUAUCUUGUGGGACUUGAAAAGCUUGAAUUUGCAUCCUCACAAGUUGCAGACAUGCAGAAAGAACUGACUGAUCUUCAGCCUGAACUGAUUAAAACGUCUGCAGAAACAGAUAAAAUGAUGGUCAAGAUUGAAAAGGAAACAGUUGAAGUAGAUGCAAAAAAGGCAAUAGUGUCAGCAGAUGAAAAAGAGGCCAAUGAUGCAGCUGCUGUUGCCCAGGGAAUUAAGGAUGAAUGUGAAGCAGACCUUGCAGAGGCUCUGCCAGCUCUGGAGGCAGCAGAGGCAGCUCUGAACACCCUGAAUCCUUCAGACAUCACUCUUGUGAAAUCCAUGCAGAAUCCACCUGGUCCUGUCAAGCUCGUCAUGGAGAGUAUCUGUGUCAUGAGGGCAGUUAAACCAGAGAGGAAACCCGACCCCAGUGGCAGUGGUAAAAUGAUUGAAGACUUCUGGGGGCCAGCCAAAAAACUUCUUUCAGAUAUUAAGUUCCUUGACAGAUUAAAAUCAUUUGACAAGGAUAGAAUUCCUCCUGCUAUAAUGAAGAAAAUUAGAGAGAAGUUUAUGAAUCACCCAGAUUUUCAGCCAGAGGUUGUAAAGAACGUGUCCUCUGCCUGUGAAGGCCUCUGCAAGUGGGUGCGAGCCAUGGAGGUCUAUGACCGUGUCCAGAAAGUGGUCGCCCCAAAGCGCGAGCGCUUGCAGGAGGCCGAAGCGAUCCUGGACGUUCAGAUGCAGAAGCUGCAAGUGAAACAAGCAGAGCUUAAGGAGGUUGUUGAUCGCCUUCAGGCUCUGCAAGAUGAGUUUGAUGAAAUGAAUAACAAAAAGAUAGAGUUAGAGAAUAAUAUUGAACGUUGUUCACUGAAGCUUGUGAGAGCUGAACAGCUGAUCAGUGGUCUGGGUGGAGAGAAGGACAGAUGGACAGAAGCUGCACGGCUGUUAGGAAUUCAGUACAUAGACCUAGUAGGGGAUGUGCUGUUGUCAUCAGGAACUGUGGCUUAUCUGGGAGCCUUUACUGUCGAUUAUCGCCUGAAAUGUCAAAAGCAGUGGCAGGAUCUGUGCAUUGAAAAGAACAUUCCGUGCUCCAGUGAUUUUAGCUUAAGUAAUACAUUAGGGGAUCCAGUCAAGAUCCGUGCAUGGCAUAUUGCUGGAUUGCCAGUUGAUUCUUUUUCCAUUGACAAUGGUGUAAUUGUUUCUAACUCAAGAAGAUGGGCUUUAAUGAUAGAUCCUCAGAGGCAAGCUAACAAGUGGAUAAAAAAUAUGGAGAAAACUAACAAGCUGUCAGUUAUCAAACUAUCUGACACACAUUAUGUGAGGACAUUAGAAACUGCUCUUCAGCUUGGAACACCAGUCUUGCUAGAAAAUAUUGGUGAAGAAUUAGAUGCUUUCUUAGAACCUAUUUUAUUAAAGCAAACAUUCAAACAACAAGGAGUAGAAUACAUGAAAUUAGGGGAAAAUAUAAUUGAAUAUUCAAGAGACUUCAGGUUUUACAUGACAACCCACUUAAGAAAUCCUCAUUAUUAUCCUGAAGUGGCUGUGAAAGUUUGUCUGCUCAAUUUUAUGAUUACACCUUUGGGUCUUCAGGACCAGCUUCUUGGAAUUGUAGCUGCAAAGGAAAAGCCUGAGCUAGAAGAAAAAAAAAACCAACUCAUUCUAGAAAGUGCAGCCAAUAAGAAACAACUAAAGGAAUUAGAAGAUAAAAUCCUGGAGGUCCUUUCCCAUUCAGAAGGAAACAUCUUAGAGGAUGAAACAGCAAUUAAUAUUUUGUCUUCAUCCAAGGAGUUAUCUGCAGAAAUCUCUGAAAAGCAACAAAUUGCCUCUGUAACUGAGAAGGAAAUAGAUUCUACUCGAAUGGGAUAUAAGCCAGUUGCUGUUCAUUCAGCUGUUGUCUUCUUCUGCAUCUCUGAUCUGGCUAACAUUGAGCCUAUGUACCAGUAUUCAUUGAUUUGGUUCAUUAACUUGUAUGUUCAAUCUAUUGCUAAAAGCGUUAAGAGUGGACGCCUACAGGAGAGAAUUAGAAAUAUCACUGACCAUUUCACAGUAAGCAUCUAUAAUAAUGUCUGCCGUUCACUGUUUGAAAAGGACAAGCUGUUAUUCUCCUUCCUCCUAACAGUAGGCAUCAUGAAGGGAAAAGGCCAGAUAGAUGAUGCAGUUUGGCGUUUCCUGCUGACAGGAGGGGUUGCUCUUGACAAUCCUCACCCCAAUCCAGCUCCAGACUGGCUGUCUAACAAAUCAUGGGCUGAGCUCGUCCGUGCAUCUUGCCUGACCAACCUGCAGGGACUGAUGGAACACGUAAGAGACAAUUCUUCCAAGUGGAAGCCAAUCUAUGACUCUGUCAGGCCCCAUGAGGAAGCCUUCCCAGAUGACUGGAACUCACUGACGGGCUUAGAUCGCAUGGUUAUUCUCAGGUGUUUGCGACCUGACAAAAUUGUCCCAGCAGUGCAGAUCUUCAUUGUGGAAAACAUGGGAAGAACAUUUAUUGAACCACCUACAUUUGAUCUUGGAAGAAGUUACAGUGACUCAAAUUGUUGUGCCCCUUUGAUUUUUAUAUUAUCACCUGGUGCUGAUCCUAUGGCAGGUUUGCUAAAAUUUGCUGAUGAUGUUAGCAUGGGAAGCUCAAGUGUUCAAACAGUUUCACUGGGCCAGGGCCAGGGCCCAAUAGCAGAAAAAAUGAUUUACCAGGCUAUUACUGAUGGAACCUGGGUAGUGUUACAAAACUGCCAUCUUGCAACCAGCUGGAUGCCUGCCUUGGAAAAAAUCUGUGAGGAAGUUAUAGUGCCUGAGAAUACCAAUGAUAAGUUCAGGUUGUGGCUAACUAGUUAUCCAUCAGAAAAGUUUCCUGUUAGUAUCCUCCAGAAUGGCAUCAAAAUGACAAAUGAGCCUCCAAAAGGCAUGAGAGUGAACCUUCUUCGCUCAUACCUGAAUGAUCCCAUCUCCGACCCUGUGUUUUUUAAAAGCUGCCAAAAGCCAAAAAUGUGGCAAAAACUGCUUUUUGGUCUUUGCUUUUUCCAUGCUGUUGUGCAGGAAAGGAGGCACUUUGGCCCUCUGGGUUGGAAUAUUCCAUAUGAAUUCAACGAGUCUGACCUCAGAAUCAGUAUGCAACAGAUCCAGAUGUUUCUGAAUGAAUAUGAAGAAAUCCCAUUUGAAGCUCUGACCUAUCUGACAGGGGAGUGUAACUAUGGAGGUAGAGUGACAGAUGAUAAAGACAGGCGUCUUCUCCUGUCCCUUCUUUCCACAGUCUACAACAAGGACAUAGAGCAGGAGAAGUACAUGCUUUCAGCUGGGAGUGACUACUACAUACCACCACAUGGCCCCUAUGAGUCCUAUAUUGAGUACAUACGAAGUUUGCCAAUUACAACACACCCUGAAGUGUUUGGACUUCAUGAAAAUGCAGACAUCACCAAGGAUAACCAGGAGACCAACCAGCUUUUCCAUGCAGUGCUCCUGACUUUGCCUAGGGAAGCAGGGGGAGCUGGGAAGUCCCCUCAGGAAGUUGUUGAAGAUUUGGCACAGGACAUCCUAUCCAAACUACCAACUAGCUUUGAUAUGGAAGAAGUGAUGAAGGCAUACCCAGUACUUUAUGAAGAGUCCAUGAACACAGUUCUUAGGCAAGAACUAAUUAGAUUUAACAGGCUUACUGAAGUUGUUCGGAGCAGCCUCAUUAAUAUAGGCAAAGCCAUUAAAGGCCAAGUGUUGAUGUCUUCUGAGCUUGAAGAUGUUUUCAACAGCAUGCUGAUGGGAAAAGUGCCAUCAAUGUGGGCUGCCAAAUCCUAUCCAUCACUGAAGCCUCUGGGAAGUUACGUGUCCGAUCUGCUCUGCCGCCUGGAGUUCUUCCAGGAUUGGGUUGACAAGGGGCCACCCACAGUCUUUUGGCUGUCAGGAUUCUUCUUCACUCAGUCUUUUUUGACUGGUGUUUUACAAAACUUUGCCAGAAAAUACACCAUCCCAAUUGACCACAUUGGAUUUGAGUUUGAGGUAAUGAAACAGGAGCACACAAUGGAGAAAAUGCCAGAAGAUGGGGCUUAUGUGAGAGGCCUUUUUUUGGAAGGUGCACGAUGGGAUAGAGAAUCCUUGGUAAUUGGAGAAUCACUGCCAAAAAUCCUCUAUGAUCCUUUGCCCAUAAUAUGGCUGAAACCUGGAGAAAGUUCCAAGUUUCUUCAUGAGAACAUCUACUCAUGCCCUGUGUACAAGACAAGUGAAAGAAGAGGUGUCUUAUCCACCACUGGGCACUCAACCAACUAUGUCCUGUCGAUUGAACUCCCUUCAGACAAGCCCCAGAAACACUGGAUAAAUAGAGGUGUGGCAGCCCUCUGCCAGCUGGAUGACUGAGAGGGUGCAAUAUUGAGAUUGUAAAAAUCUGCUUUACUCCUCAAUGGCUGCAUGGCUGAUUUUUUUUUUCUAAUGAAAUCAGGGCUAAAGAGUUUUGAUGUUGAUUUUACUGGGAAUCUACUUUACAAAUCUUGCAAAAAGAUUUUGGAUUUGCCUACCACCUCUGUGUCUCAGGAGUAUGUAGGACAAGGAGGGAGGAGAUGAGAAUAUUCUGUUGUCAACCUAUGAAACCAAUCCUCCAAUCCUCAGAUAGAAUGAAUUACCCAAGCUGUAUUAUAAAACUGUAGUCAUUCCUGGAUGAUGUGUCAGAAUUUCCAUGGAGAGCUUCUCAACAUGUGUUGGGAUCUGCCAUUUCUCAGAACGGUAUGAUUAUGCCAUAUAACUUUUUUUUCAAUAUUAUUUACCUGCAUAUUCCAGGUACCUGAUUGAUACAUGGAGCUGUUUUCUUUCUCCCACAGUCUCACUUUACUUCCUGUCAGCAGCCCAGCCCCACACAGCCAUUCACUCACACCAUUUCCCCCCACUAUCUCAUGGGGUGACAUACAGACAGUUUAAUAGGGAAAGCAAAAACCAUGCACACAAACAAGGCAAAACAAUUAAUUCCCUGCUUCCCACAGGCAGGCAGGUGUUCAGCUAUUCCCAGCAGAGCAGGGGCCCAUCACAUGUAAUGGUGACUUGGGAAGACAUCACUCCAAAUGUCCCCCUGUUCUCCCCUACUUUCCACACUGAUCAUGAUGCCACAUGGUCUGCAGUGUCCCUUUGCUCAUUUGGGGUUACCUGUCCUGGCUGUGUCUCCUCCCACCCUCCCAGACACCCCCAAAUUCCUCCCCAGCCUGGCAGUAUGAAGAGCAGAAAAGGCCUUGGCUCUGUGCAAUCCCUGCUCAGCAAUAACAAAAACAUCUCUGUGUUAUCAACCCCGUGUUCAGCACAAUCCAAAACACAGCCCCAUACCAGCCAGUGUGAGGAAAAUUGACUCUACCCCAACUUCCUCCUCUUGCUCUCUUGCAUGUUGGACUAAUAACUGCCUGAAAUUUUGUAUUUGUUCAAGCCCUUUCAUCAGAGAAGCUCAAAGUAGCUUGCAAACAUUAAUUAAAAAUAAAAUAGCCUGAACAUCUUCAAAGAGCUGUUCAGUCAUUAACUAAUCCCCACAGCAUGCCAAGAAGGUACUAAAGAUGCAUCAUUAGACUUGUUGUGUACACAGGACAAGAGAGGCACAAAGAUCAAGGCAAACAUUUUAAAAAACAUGCACUAGACAUACAUCCACUAAUCUGGGGUCUUGUAUUUUUUUUCAUUGCCCAAAUUGCAGCAUUUUAAUGACUUGCUAGAGGCCUCACUAAGUCAGAUUCAGCCAUCAUUUGGCAAUUCCCAGUAUCCUGGUCCAAGCAUUAAGGGCUGCUGUUACAUCUCCUUAAAAGACACAGUUCUUGCCAUAGGAAUUCGUCUGUUGUGUUGUCCUUAGGUGAAAACAGUUCAUUGUUGUUUUGUUAACCACUGGUUUGUUUUAUGCAGGCAUUCAUGAAAUAGUAGCUGUUAAGAAUGGUAGUGCAAGGUCAGGCAGAAGUGUUGGGGUGUGUUGUGCAGGGCUGCUCUGCAGGAAGGUGCACAGGUAAGAGCAGCUUCAUGCACCACACCUGACACCUCAUUAACAGUCCAGCAUGCAGCAUCUGGUGCAGCAUUGGUACCUGGGAGCAGAGCAAAGGUGUCAGGCCAGGACACCUAAAGGAUGUUUGUUUCAAUAAAAAGGACAGAGAUGUGCAGGUGUUUCAAAUUACUGAGAGGAAGAAACUACUCUUAAGAAAUUAGACUAAAUGAUAUUUGGCACCUAUACCAAAAUAAAACUUGUUUACGAAUGUUACAGCACACUCAUCCAAACAGACAACAGUUUUUAAGAAGAGAAUCAUGUUUCAGUAGAUCUAUAAAUAAAUUAAUUAAAAUGGGUCCUUGAAAAAAUUAUUUUCUUAGACUUCAUAAGAGAGAUAUUUUGUAGUUUUCAUAUAUUUAAAUUAACAGAAAUGUAUUAUACAUUUAGUAAAAUAUUGUGGUGAUUACUGUAUUUUUGAAUAUCUGCAUCUAAUUGUUGUAAUUGCAUCAACAGUUCAGAUCACUAAUUAGGUGACUGUGGUGUCAGGGAUAACACACCAGUGAUUGAGCCUCUGUGCAGGCCAAAGGGACAGGACCUGGAUGUUAAAUCCUUCCCUAUGGAUUGAUCAGCUCAGUCACUGCUCUCAGAAGGAUCUUUCUGCUCAGACAUAGCUUCUGGUGACACCUCACCUGCUGAGAGGGAGGCUGGGCCAACAACAAUUAACUCUGAAAUGAAGGUUUGUCAGUCCUCUUACAGAUAAGUCUUGCAAACAGUCCUCUAAAUGAAACAAUUUUUAAAUAGUCGGAUUCACUACCUAAAUUAUAUUUCAUGGAGAUCAAUUACUUUUAAACUGUUAGAAAUCUGUGUAAUAGAUUACCAUGUGGGUUGCUUGUUAACCUUUUUGUGAACAAACAGUAAUUGAUAGUUAUUAAAUGACACAGUUGUGGUUCUUGUGAAUAUGCAGAGACUUUGCUAUGACCUGUGUGCAAUGUCACUGUGUUGAUUUUCUAAAUGCUGCCUGUGUGCUGAUGUUUAGAUUUGAUAUGAAGGCAUCCCUUGGAAUGUCAUUAAUGAUGUAUUUUAAGCUUUUGUAGACCUGAUAAAAAUAUAUAUAGAUAAGAGAGGAGUCUGUAAGAGAGGGCUUGUUCAUCCCUUCACCAGGGAUCAGGCAUGGCUGACCUGCUUUAGCUGAUGAUUACAGCAGUACAUGAUUUCCUAGGCUGCCCUCCCUAGUACAGAAAGGCAAUGGAAUUUACUGUCAAGGGAUAUCUGUCUUGAGAGAUAUGUUUCUGUGGUUCUUUGGAAUGAGCUUCCCAGCCUUAUUUCCUUAGCAUUGACUACACCUUCCUGGAGAAUGAUCAACUGGCUAAACAUAAGAAUUCACAACCUUUCUUGGCUAAGAUGCAUUUAGGAAAAAAAAAAAAAAAAAAAAAAA